CACACCUGCCCCAAUAGGGACCAGUGGAUCAGGUGUGUAACCAUGGAGACGCGCUCGCUGUGAGGAGGCUGGAUCAGCAGCGCGCCGCUCACUCGUCAGUUGCUCUGUCGCGCUCUUCUGUGGAUGCAAGAACCGUCCAGACACUGGCACGCGAACAUAAAACAAACCCAAACAAUGACAUUAUCUGCAACGACACGACAGAAACACACCAUUAUCUGACUGACUGAAACGAUCCCGUGCCUCUUUCUGCUCGCUGUUUGCCGCCUCAGUCCAGCCCUGUGCCUAGAGGCUUGUGUGGGACCAUGAUGCUCAGCAGCUCAGUGGAUGUACCCAGCCCAGGGGGGAUAAGUGCAGUGGCAGCCCGGAACGUGGUUCGCAGUUCCAGCAUAAGUGGGGCCAUGUACAGCUUGGAGAAAAGCCCCAGCAGCACGGGGCCCGAUGCCACAGGCCUGGUCGGAAACAAGAAACGUCGCUCCAGCCUCGGAGCCAAGAUGGUCGCUAUUGUGGGUCUGUCACAGUGGAGCAAGAGCACACUGCAGCUGAACCAGCAAGAUGGUGGAACAAAGAAGCUACGCAGCACCAUCCGACGGAGCACAGAGACGGGUAUUGCUGUGGAGAUGAGGAACCGUGUCACACGGCAGGGCAGUAAGGAUUCGACAGAUGGCAGCACCAACAGCAACAGCUCUGAUGGAACGUUCAUCUUUCCCACCACUCGCCUGGGCCCUGAGAGCCAAUUCAGUGACUUUCUGGAUGGCCUUGGUCCCGCCCAGAUAGUGGGACGUCAGACAUUAGCCACACCGCCAAUGGGUGAUGUUUACAUUGGUGUGGUGGAUAGAGGGGGUCAGAUAGAGGUCGAGAUCACGCAGGCCCGAGGUCUGACCCCUAAACCAGGCUCAAAGACCAUUCCAGCAACAUAUAUAAAGGUUUAUGUCCUGGAGAAUGGAAUGUGUCUCGCUAAGAAGAAAACCAAAGUGGUGAAGAAAACCCUGGAUCCAACCUUCCAGCAAUCCCUGAUGUUCGACGAGAGCCCGCAGGGGAAAGUGCUACAGGUGAUCGUGUGGGGUGAUUACGGCCGCAUGGACAGCAAGUGUUUCAUGGGAAUGGCUCAGAUCCUCCUGGAUGAUCUCGAUCUGUCGUCAUUGGUGGGUGGCUGGUACAAGCUCUUCCCCACCUCCUCUCUGGCGGACCCCAGCAUCGGCCCUCUGACACGCCGACUCUCCCAGUCCUCACUCGAGAGCGCCACCAGCCCCUCGUGCACCUAGACACAUCUACGUCCCCGUCUAAAUAUGCCUGUGUUCUCUAUCUCUACGUGUGUAUCUUCAUUCAAUAUACCCCGCCACGACCCCAAAAGCAUGAACACAUACAGCCAACUCGCCCGGGGCUGGAACGCUCCUCUUUACUGAUACAGAUAUUAAGAGUUGGAUACAAAUCAGGCAUGACACAUUUAACACAUACACCCUCACAGAUGGAUAUGGGUGUAACCAGCAACAUGCGGUUGUAUGGGCGUCCGGAAUCGGUCAUGGCUAGUUACAUGCAGAUCCAUUGUUUGCAGGUCAAUCAAUAGGGGCAUUUAAUAAAUCUGCUGAGAAAUGUUCCUGACAAUGUAGCAUUUGUGUUGGCGUCAUGUCACACAGGAAGCAGAAUGGGUUCUACUAGCAGUUCCAGACCCUCAAAGGUCAAUCAUUUCUCUAUGCCAAACCCGAAGUUUUAUUUUUUAAAAAACCAAAGCAAUUCUUAUUAUCUGUAGUGUUAUAUUAUAGAGUAUGGAUAUGUAGCAGAGUCAAUGACUUAGAUGAGAUGCAAAAAAACAAAGACGUGUUAGAAAAACUUACUAGACUACAUACACAAUUAAACUUUUAAAGGGCAGGGCUUUACUCCACAGGUCAGGUUAUUUAUUAGAAAUGCACACGAUUCCUGUCGCAUAAAGUAGCGUAUUCUUUUCUUUUUUUUCCUUUUUGGAGAGCUCAAUAAAUAAAUAUAUAGAUCGAUAUUUGUGUUUAUGUAUUAAUCGACUGCAUUCUGCACGUUAACUCGCAACCCUUGUUGAGCAAAAUAUGUAAAGUGCUAUUUUAAGCUUGCCUUUAAAAUUAUGUAGACUUAUAGAUGGUAGGUUAUUUAUUUUGCUAAUGUUUUAAUCUCACUUUUUGUCUGAGCAACACAAUCUGCACCGAGCUGCAGACAUAGUCAGAGGGAAUCAAACCCUCUGAAGGAGAACCAACUGUCCUGUUAAACCAGCAACCCUCAUACACAGCUGCUGCAUUGUGGGAUUUGCCGAACGUUGUCCACGGGCAAGCAAGAAAACUUUUCUUGUAGCAAGUAGCGAAGAUUUCUGGGAAGCUGGAGCCGCAUUAUACUUUACCGCCUCAAGUAGUUUUGGGUUUCUUUCUACCAGCAUAUGGAUCUGAACUGUUAAAGGUCUUUUCCAUUUCCUGUUAAACUCAGGAGGUCACGCUGAACAAAAACCACAUUCACAUCAAUAUGAGGACUGGUGAUGGAGUCGCUCACUCAACAGGAUUUUGAAGCCCAGAACAAAUGGUAUUCUGUAAACUCCUGGACACUUUUGUUUUUGUCUUUGAACAUUGCCAUUGUGACUAUUCCUGUCCAAUCAGCAGUCUUCUUUAGCUUCGACUAUGAAGCUGAGUGGCUCUAGAUGGCUUCUUCAGUCAGUCUUUGGUGUUACGGAAACUUGUGGAAGGAAAGCAGCACUGUAGGUAAAAUAGUGUUCAUACCACUCCUGUCAACCUCCUCUGCACAUCUAGAUUUAUUUUCAUAGUUCUUCUGAAUAUAUCAGAUUGGAAGAAGGUACCUUAGAUAUAGUAGGAUCUCUGAACCAGUUCAUCACAUUCAGUUUUUCAGUCACCAUGCAUCUUCUGCAUGGUAACACAUAUAUUAUGAUUCAUACGUGACAGUAUCAAUAAGAACCAGAACAUUAUUCAUUUCUAUGUUCCCAUAUGGAUCAUUAGCCAAAUCAUUAAAGACGUUUGUAUAAUUCAGGCUAUGUCUACAUUAAUCUGGAUACAUUUGAAAACGGCGUUUCAAAAUGCUCUCCGUCCACGCUAUAGCGCUUUUUCCAAAAGUUUCUCUAAAUUUCGCUAAAUUCACCUUACUGCGCAUGCGUAAAACCUCAUAAAAGCUCACUGAGAUGAUACAGACAUAAUUGUUUUGUUUUUUUUAGCAAAAUAUUUCGCCAUUCACUGAUGCGUUCAGGUCGCACUCAAUCAACAUAUGUGACCUUGGACCACAAAACAAGUCAUAAUUCGCAUGGAUUUAUUUGUAGCAAUAGCCAACGAUACAUUGUAUUGGUCAAAAUUAUCAAUUUUUCUUUUAUGCCAAAAAUCAUUAGGAUAUUAAGUAAAGAUCAUGUUCCAUGAAGAUAUUUGUAAAUUUCCUACCUUACAUAUAUCAAAAAUUUAUUUUUGUGAGUGGAUAUGCAUUGCUAAGGACUUUAUUUGGACAACUUUAAAAGCGAUUUUCUCAGUAUUUUGAUUUUUUUUUUUUUUUUUGGAUCAGAUUCCAGAUUUUCAAAUAGUUGUAUCUCGGCCAAAUAUUGUCCUAUCCUAACAAACCAUAAAUCAAUGGAAAGCUUAUUUAUCCAGCUUUCAUAUGACUUAUAAGUCUCAAUUUAAAAUAAAAUUGAUCCUUGUGACUAGUUUUGUGGUCCAGGGUCACAUAUGUUUGGUCUAAAAUGCAACUGCUCUCACGUUUUGCCGCAGAACAGCAAUUGCGGGUAAAUUUUCUGUCAUCUUUGCAGGACUGCGAUAUGAAGAGUGUGCAAAGUAACAUAUUUUUAGCAACAGUGUGGAAGUGAAUAGCACAUAACAGGCACAAUAGCGGUAUAAAACAUACAUGUCUAUCGGCUCAAUAUGCGUCACUGGAGUAGGCUAAACAUGCGUCAUCGUUUUCAAAUACCUCCGUUUUUACAUACCACACUACAACGCGAAAACAGCAAAAUUAUUCAUUUGGGAAAGCGUUUUCAAAAAGCAGGACAAAACAUGUCUCAGUGUGGACGGAAGGCCAAAAUGGAGAGAAAAAGAAACGAAAACGUAUUAGUGUGGGCAAGGCCUCAGUCUGUUCAAACUCUCAUGUGUGAUGGAACGCACAAACUCUAAAUGUUUGAUUUUCAUGGUUUGCACCAUAUGCAUCUUAUAGAUCUGCUUUUAAAGAGAGGCUAUGAGAUCAGCAAACCGUUUCAUCUGAUUUAUCAUUUUGAAUCGUUUGAAGUAUUUUAGUAUUGUGUGUUGCUUUUCUAUCUGCCAAUGUCACUGCUACCUGAUCAAGAUGUACAUCGCAAAAUAUUUGAACCAUUUCCCUGGAUGUUCAUAAGAAAGUGUGCCUCACAUUCCAUACUUUCAAAAUUGUAUUUUUCUUUCUUAAUUGCUUUUAAUAUUCCUAGCUGUUCCAUCCAUGCACUUCACAUGCACAUGUUUCAGUGCAUUUGGGAAGAUGUAGAUACUAUAAAACACUUCUUUACCAUACCUUCCUUAUCACAAUAAUGGUUUUCUCUGCGUAGAGAGAUUUAUCUUUAAAUCUUGAGAAACAUUUGGUCAUAGUUUGUCUUUAAAGGACAUUUAAAAUGCUUUCUCUGCUUAUUUAGAUGUUUUUGCUUCACAAUGAAUCUUACUAUUAUUUAAUAGUAUUAUUUUUUACAUGGUUACAAAAAGUUCUGAACCACAUGACAAAUGUCACGCACACUAAAUAUAUUUGCAUUUUAAUUAUUUCUGUAAGGCCAUAUGUACAAGUUGGACCAAAAAAAAAGGGGGGGAUCAGAUUAGUUCUGGGCAAUGCAGUUAUAAAGUGUAAUAGUAAGAACAAAAACAGUGAAUAAGGUUCCAACAUCUGAAACUUUGUUACAAUACUUUGCUCUUUCUUAUUAUCAUCUAAAACUGCGAAUGUAGUACAUUCAAGUUGAAACUAUUUUAUUCAUGCCAGUCAUGACUGAUUUGACAUUUUAGAAUAUUUUACUUUCCAGCCUGUUGUUCUUCAAGCUCAGAGGUUUUGCCUUUAAACAUACAAAAUGAGUGUCUGCUAAUUCUCACAUACAUUUCUUGCUUCUUAUGUAUUUGCACAAGUUUGAUUGUGUUGCACCUUUCUCUUUUCCACUAACAGACAAAUGUCUGUACAUUAAAUUAGGUACUAACUAAAGAUGAAAUUGUUUUACUGUACUGAAAACAAAUUGUAUUUGCAGCUGAAUGUUUGUCCUUGGUAAACACUAUGAAAUGACUAUUAGAUAUUGAUAUUUUUUCUAUGUGAUUUUAUGUACAUCGGAAUAUGGGAUUAUAUGUGUCCCUUUACUGUACAAUGAAGUAGUUACAAAAUCUUGCAUUUUUGCAAAAUGAAAAGAGUCUGAAUGCAUGAAUAUUUGUACUGUACUGCUCUAUUUUUUCAGGUGUAGUGGAUGGAUGUAGUUUGUUGCAAUCCAUAGCUAAACCAAAUGCAACAUUGACAAAAAAAAAUGUAGAUUUGCCGCUUCCAGAUUUCUGCGGUUUGGAUGCGUUUCGAUAUUUUAACAUGGAAUGAGAAUGAUCAGAUCUGUUCUGUUCUGACAGUAAUCAGAUACAGCUAUCAAAUGCUUCUGUGGUGUGUUGAUAAUCUGUAAAUACAAAUCUUUGGGUAUGAUGUUGUAACUUCUGAAAGUCACUAGCAUCUGGUUUGUUUAAACGCUCUGUGUUGAAUCAGGCUACCUGAUGCUUUUAUAUGCGAGACCACUUCAUGCUUUUCAGUUCAUACAUGGCAAAGACCGAAGAGGGUUUUUUUGUUUUUUGGCAUGCACAGUUUAUGUUUGAGUGUAAGUAAGUGACACCAGUCUGACUGGGGAAUGAUCUUAAUACACUGAAUCCAGAUCAAUACAAAUGUUAUGAUGUAUUCUGUGUGGGCCAAAAAUCAUAGCCGAUACAGUUGCAGGUAUAUUUGGUAUUCAUGCUUAUUUGCAUUCAGAAAUGGACAAUAGAUUGUAAAACUGAGAAUGAUGUGUGAUUUUUGAACUUUUAUUUUAUGAGAUGUUGCUUCGUCAGGUACUGUAUGAUGUAUAUAAAUGAUAUACAUGUUGAGAGAUUGCUUUAAUUUUUAAAUAGGAAUGUAAUCUCCCUUUACAACUAUAUGGGCCAUUUAAAACUCUUGUGAAGUCUUUUAAUGAAACCCUAAUACUGUUUUUUGUUCAUUUGUUAACAAACACAAGGAUUAUUGAGGUGAUAUUUAUCUUAUUUUUGUAAAAUUAAUUAUUUUAAAGAGUGGUCUGUUGGGUAAAGGCUUGUUUAUUGCCUUACUUGUGAGAUGUUAUUAUAAGGCUUAAAUGUGUUACUGAAAGCCUUGAGUGUUUUGCUUCGAUAUCAUUAUACUAAAGUAUCUCUAACUUGAAUGUACAUAUAUAAUCUUAUUGUAAUACAGGUUUUAUUUGUUUCAUUUGGUAAAUGACACAUUUCCUGGUUUGUGUUGAUGUUUAAAGGCUUACAUGAGCACAUGGGGCCUCAUUUAUAAAAUGUUGUGUAGAAACCAUCCUACAUUUGAUCUUACGAUCAUUUCGCAAAUGUGCUUACAUGUGAUUCAGAGAAUGAAUGUACACACUAAAAAGGUGCAUACAUCUCUCUUCCAGAUGUUACAUUUAUAAAAUCAUCGCAAAUAAUCUUGAAAUUGUGCGCCGCCUAUAAGUAAUGUCAUUAACAUAUAAAAGAGCACCAGUCAACAACCAAAUCCUUUACUUGAGAAUGGUGCUAAAACACUUUUCCAGGUCAAAGACUGUUUUUAUAAAUAUGAACAUUGGCGUGGAUUUUAGCGUACGCACACUCUAAGUUCAGUUUAUAAAUGAGGCCCCUGGUAUCUAAUGCAAUCUGUUUACAAUCACAAUUGAUUUGAGUAUUCGGCUUUUUGAAAACAUAAGAUUGAUAUCAGAUAUCAGUUAUAACAUUCAGUGCAUGUCUGUUUUUAGUCAUUUACUUUUGAGAUUUGUAAAAUGAUAUGGAGAAAGACAGCAUUGCAUUUUUUGUAACAUGUUUGUUUCUUUUUUCAAAGAGCCAAGAAAGAUUGUCUCUAAAACAUUGAAUUAUAUAUAUAUAUAUAUAUAUAUAUAUAUAUAUAUAUAUAUAUAUAUACAACCUUAAAUUUAUUGUACUCUUGGGUCAGACUUAAAAGACUGUCAUUGGCAAUUUAUUUAUUUCACAAAUGCAAAGAUGGUCAUUUGUAGUCUGUUUUCUCAUUCAUGUAGCAAAGCUGUUAGCAGCUCUUUUGUUGUUGCCAUAAAUCAGCCAUUCAUAUUAUUCAUGGCAGUGUUAACAGUACAAGACACUGUUGAGACACGCUCACCUUUGCAGAGAGAGGUUUUCAACUUUCAUAAGAAAUGUAGCUACUUUGAAAUCCACGCCCAGUUGCAUCCAUACAUUUAUCCUAUAUUUAACCCACUUGGUUUAAGUCUUGCACUUAGGGAGAGCACGAUCAAAGAUUUAUCAGAGACGGGGUAGCCCCCAAAACUUUUAGAAAAUUAUAUGAGCUGACAGUGCACUGCUGUUUAGGAAUAACAGAAUGGUUAAGAGCUGUGGGGAAGCUGUAAUUUUAUACUUGUGCUUUGUAAAUGUUUUCUAUGUGCAGUAUUUGAUAAUGUAAAACUGGUAUUUUUGUGGUUUGUACGCUGCAGAAUUGAUUAUUUAAGGUGCACGCAGUUUUGUAAGAAAAGGACGAGAAACUUUGAAAAAAAAUCAUUUUGACUGAAGCCUGUAUCUGCAUGCAUAUGGACUGCUGGAAGCUGGAGGUCAAUAAAUUUUAUUUGAAUCA